AUGAUCCCGAAGAACCCAGAUACACAAUUCAUUACUUCGGACGUUGAUGAGCACGACAACCAGCAACAGCAACGAGGUCGACUGACUCCCAUCUACCUUACCUUACCCAUCUCCCCACCGGCCAGGAUGGCGCAAAAGUCCACAGACCCAACAACUGCCGCCGCAAACCGCGCGAUCCAGCAAGCGCUGCCGGCACUCAAGAAGUAUGAAUGGCUGCAGCAGUCGCACGGCCAGGAAGGUCCGAGAGUCAGCAGCGAGAGGCGGAGCGUCUAUCUUGAAGAGUACAGGCCGGAAAAGCCGGAUGCGGAGGAAGACCAUCGUGAGGAUCUCCUAGACGGGGAAGAGGCUGAUGCGCAGGAGCUCGACUACCUCAGUGGAAGCGGCAGGGAGUGGAACGGCUGUGGAGGAGGAAUAUGA